GCUUCGAUUCGAUAUCCAGCCAAGCAAGAAUAACGCCAGAAAUCGAAACUCAAAGACGAAUUCUUUUCUCCAGUCUGUGCACCAGAACCAAGAUCCAAAGGACUUGUUAUCCCUCAAAAUAACACUAGCGCUAGAGUUGCUGGCGCCACUGCUUAAGUCCGAGUUGAAUGUUACUGAGACGCUUAUGCAACAGUUCUUCGUGGCCAAGGUUGUAAGUAACGACGAAUCGUGGAGACAGGGGUUCCGACUGACGUGGAAAGAUUCUUCAUGAGAUGGCUCAUGUAGCUGUACGGUAUAUCCAAUCUUUAGACAUUCCUAAUCAUCCUUCGCCAGUCUUCCCUGUUCAGCCGGAACCAUUUUUCGAGGACGAGGAAAGCAACGAAUGCGGGAGAGCACUCGAGAACGCUGUUUGGGGUGGCUAUGUUACAGACUUCUGGAUAGUCAGAUCCGAUUUGCGUUUUAGCAAGAUGGACAGCUGGGCUGUCCUCAGCGUUUGUGUCCAUAACUGGGUCAAUUUCAAAUUCUUUCCACCAGACUUGCGAGUGGUGCUACCAGAACAAAGACAGCGAAUCAGAUUCAGCGAAAACUUUCAAGAGAAUGCGAUCGCCAGCUAUUGGCCAGUGCCAGUGACAUUUAUGGAAAACAUACUCCAGACGGACUACUGGGACACUCAGGUAGCGCAAUUCACAACACAGGCAUUUAAACCAGACCGUAUUUUCGGCCACAUCAUCGUCCGAGGAGCCACAUCCAAACCUGAAGACGAGAGCUACCUCAUAGCUCUGGGCCCAAAGUAUGAUGACUGGGUGACGGAAUCCGGCAAAAGGGUCUCAACCAUGGAGAAAAUCGACUACAGAACAAUGGACGACAUCAGGUACGGAAAGCUGAUACCAGCAGACAAGCAAUGGAGGCCGAUAUUCGACCAAACGGAAGCUCACGCACAGAAGAUACAAGAUGCUAUAGAUCAACAAGAUCGGAUCUCGAAUGCUAGAAAACGUAGGCUGAGUGGUGCUCAAGGUCAGGCGACUACGAAGAAACAGAAUACGGGAACAGCGUCGCCUGCAGGCUCCACAGCAGGACCGCCAUCUUCGGCAGGAUCAUCAUCUCGAUCAAGAUCAGCUUCUCCAUCAGGCAGUCAGUCACCAUUAGGGUGUUGAGACUGCUUAGUACCACAAGCAUUGACAUCACGAUAUCUAGCAAGAGCAAACAAG